AUGAUGACGACUUAUGAAGGGGAACAACAUGUCGUUGCUGCAGCUCAGCAUAUUUUGAAGGCAUUGGGAGCAAAUACGAACCUGAGUGAUGACUUUAGACGAGCUCUCACAGAACUGGACUCCCAUUUGUCUGCAAUGACUAUAAUAACUGAAAGCAAGAGAUGGGGAUUUGCUGAGGUUGAGGAACAGCUGAAAAGUGCCGAGAGAAAGGUCAUGCGUUGGGAGUCCAAUCCAUCUCUGAUAUGGGACUCUGGACCCACAGAGGCUUCUGAGUACUUACAAGCAGUUCAUGAAAUUCACAGAGUGAUGGAAACUUUAGGUGGCUUGUCCAUGAAUGACCAUGGGAGGCUGAGGGAACUUGCCUUCCGAGCUCAGUGUGCACAGCAGAUAGCAAUGUCACGGCUUGAGGAAGAGCUCUGCCACAUUCUUGUUCAACUUAAGCAAUCCUUUGAGCUGCAGUACAUAUCGUUUCGUUCAAGUGUUGAUUUGGUAUAUGAUGAGUCAUUUGUUUCAGUAGAGGAUGAAAUAGUUGCGAACACAUCGCAGAGAGACAACAGUGGAAGAGAACCUAUUGAAUAUGCAGGAGAUUUGAUUGAUCCACUUGUGAUUCCUGACAUCAAGUCCAUUGCUAAAGUUAUGUUUGCUUCUGGUUAUGAUAGGGAAUUUUGUGAGACUUUCAUUGGCAAACGUAAAGAAGCAUUGGACGAGCACUUGUCUGACCUUGAAAUUCAUAAACUCAGCAUCGAGGAUAUAUUGAAACUGGAAUGGGAUACCCUGAGUUGUGAAAUCAAGAAAUGGGUGAGGGCUAUGAAAAUCAUCAUCCGGGUCUAUCUUGAUAGGGAGAAACGGUUUUGCAACCAGAUAUUAGGGGAUUUUGGUUCCCUCAAUUCAUAUUGUUUUGUUGAGAUCUCAAGGGCUUCAAUUUUAUGCCUAUUGAAUUUUGGGGAAGCCAUAGCAAUGGGACCCUAUAAACCAGAAAAGUUGUUUCGCCUUCUUGACAUGUAUGAGGUUCUGGCAGAUCUUCACCUAGAUAUAGAAGGUUUAUUCUCAGAAGAGGCUGAUUCUUUUGUUACGAGCGAGUGCCAUGACCUUCUUAGGAGAUUGGGUGAUUCUGCAAGAACCACUUUUUUUAAAUUUAAGAAUGCCAUUGCAUCGGAUGCCUCCAUACACCCUUUCCCCAGAGGCGAAAUCCAUCACCUCACUAGGUAUGUGAUGAAUUAUAUCAAGACCCUUACUGCAUACUGUGAUAUUCUCAAUUUGCUUCUCAAGGACCAACAUGUAGAUGAUCCAAAUCCUGUUCUUGAGACAUAUAAUGGGCAGGACAGUUGUACUUCCACUUUUAGUCCAAUGGGUUGCCACCUUCGGUCAAUUACAUUUACUCUAGAAGCCAAUCUUACGUGCAAAUCCAAUUUAUACAAGGAUGGUUCCUUAGGGCAUAUUUUCUUAAUGAACAACAUCCAUUACAUGGUCCAGAAGGUUAAGGACUCCGAACUCCGGCUAUUCUUGGGAGAUGAAUGGAUCAGAAAGCAUAACGGGAAGUUUCAGCAGCAUGCAACAAGCUAUGAGAGAGCCACAUGGAGUUUUGUUGUUUCUUUGCUUAGAGAUGAUGGAAGGACGUCUCUGAAAGAAAGGUGCAAGAGAUUCAGUAAUGCUUUCGAUGAUGUGUACAAGAUUCAGACACAGUGGUGCAUUCCAGAUCUUCACCUUCGGGAAGAUUUGCAAAUUUCUACCUCACAGAAAGUAAUCCCAGCUUAUCGAGCUUUUCUUGGGAUGAACAACAAAAAUGUUAGUGACAAGUAUAUUAAGUACACUUCGGAUGAUCUGGAGAAAAUGCUCUUAGAUCUUUUUUCAGGAUCACCAAGAUCGCAGAGCAAUUCACGCAGAUGGUGA